CGAAAGGCGGCAAAAACUUUUUUCAAAUGGUGAAAGUGGCGGCAUCUUUCACCUCUCUCUGUAUCCAUGCCCUCAUCUCUCUCCUACGCCCACCUCGUUGGAAACCCUAAUUAAACCUAUUUCCAUUUUCCAAAUUAACUUCCAUUCCAACAAACCAAAUGGGCGACAAUGAGAGUAGCGUCAAGUCCGCCCGCUCAUCCUCGAAGAAGCGGGCCUCUGUGGCUGCUCCUUCCCUGCAAUUCUCCAAGAAGCGAGUCCCCCUUGGAGAGCUCACCAACACUCCCAGUAUCAUCAAUGAGUCCACUCGGAUCCUGGAUCACCAGACCACCUGCAAGAUUGAAUGCGUAUUGAAGGAGAUAACUCAGAACUCAGAUGUUGAAACCGGAGCCAAGCCCAGACGCCAAAUGAAGAAGAGGAAUAAAAAAGAUCCAGAGAACUCGUCAACCUCUGAGUCAACUCAGAAUUCGGAUGUUGAGAUCAAUCAGAAGACCGAAUGUAAUGUAAAGACCAGCAAUCAAAGCAACCCUGAGAACUUGCAUAGCAGUGGGUCGACUCAGGACUUGGAGUUCAGGAAAAGUUCUUACUCAUCUUCCAUAUAUGGGUAUCUUCAUUCCUUAGAGAUGGAGGACAAAAGAAGGUGCGUUUCUAAUUACAUGACUGAAGUGCAGACAGAUAUUACAGUGAAAAUGCGAGAAGUUCUAGUGGACUGGUUGGUGGAAGUUGCUGAGGAGUACAAGCUUGUCUCCGACACCCUUUAUCUCACUGUAACUUAUGUUGACAGAUACCUCUCUUUGCAAGUUCUGAGCAGGAGCAAUCUACAGCUUCUUGGUGUUUCUUGCAUGCUUAUUGCCUCGAAAUAUGAAGAGAUUAAUCCUCCACAUGUUGAAGAUUUUUGCUAUAUAACAGAUAACACUUACACCAAGGAAGAGGUAGUCAAUAUGGAGAAAGAUGUACUUAAAUUCUUGAAUUAUGAAAUGAGUACUCCUACAACAAAAAAUUUUCUCAGGAUAUUAACAAAAGCUGCUCAAGAGAAUUGCAAAUCUCCUGAUUUGCAAUUUGAGUUCUUGAGUUGUUUUCUUGGGGAACUAAGUUUGCUAGAUUAUCACUGUCUUCGCUUCUUACCGUCAAUAAUUGCUGCAUCAGCUGUUUUCCUUUCAAGGUUCACAAUCCAACCAAAGAUGCAUCCUUGGAGUGCGUCAUUGCAAUUCUGUUCAGGUUACAAACCAUCUGACUUGAAGGAAUGUGUUAUUGCCAUCCAUGACCUGCAAUUAAAAAGAGAAGCAAGCGCUUCGCAAGCAGUAAGGGACAAAUACUCACAGCACAAGUUCAAGUGUGUGGCGACAUUGUCUUCUCCAAUAGAGAUCCCUGAGCAUUACUUUGAGGCCAUUGAUGAAUAAUGAUUCACAAGACUCGAAGAUGCUCACUUUGAAGUAGUGCUUGUUUCUUCCUAGGGAUCUGAUAAUCUAUUGUUCUCUUGUUCUUGCUAAAUUUGAGGCUGUCAAAAGUCAACUUCUGGUUGAAAACUGGUUGGUUUGAAAUUGGGGGACCGAAUUUUGACAUUGUUAGAAUGAAGUACUGUGGCAACCAUUGUUACCAGGAUUCUGCAUUUUUUAUUGGUUGAAUUUGAUCUUAGAAUUCUAAAAGCCACAGUAUUUUUUUUUAUUGCUUCUGUAGAUCAUGUUAAUUAGAUUGAGGCACACAAGAUAUUGGCUUUGGUGACCCUCAUAGAAAACUAUUAUUUUUGUAUCAAGUUAACAUUUUGGACAUUUUAUUUCUUCAAUUGUAUAUCUUUUUAUUAA